ACAAUCUCUCUCUCCAUAUGUAUAUAUCGCCGUCCACUCAAUAGCUGUAUUCUACAGCUCUUUCUCUCUCUUCACUUCACCUCCAAAAUUUAUUUCCUUAAUUAGCACCACAUUAAACCUCCACAUUUAUAAAAUCAGAGAAACACAGCUCAAACCCUGCACUCACACAUAUGAUUUUUCCUCCGAGAUCCGGCGCCGGUUUCAUCCCCGCCGCGGGGGUUUUUCUAAUCCUCCUCGUCCUCGGGCCGUGCGCCGCCAUCCGGUCAUUUCCCGACGCCGUCCUCGCCGGAUUCUCGGAGGCGCCGGAGUACCGCAACGGCGUGGACUGCCCCGCGGGCUCCGCCGGUCCCGCCACGUCAUGCGACGCCUCAUUGGUCCACGUGGCGAUGACGCUGGACUCAGAGUACCUCCGCGGCUCUAUGGCGGCGGUCCACUCCGUCCUCCGCCACGCCUCCUGCCCGGACCACGUCUUCUUCCACUUCAUCGCCGCCGAAUUCGACUCCGCCUCGCCGCGUGACCUGACGCGCAUCGUCCGAUCCAUCUUCCCCUCCCUCAGCUUCAAAGUCUACAUCUUCCGCGAGGACACCGUCAUUAACCUGAUCUCCUCCUCGAUUCGGGUCGCAUUGGAGAACCCGCUCAAUUACGCGCGGAACUACCUCGGCGAAUUGCUGGACCCGUGUGUGAAGCGGGUCAUCUAUCUGGAUUCGGAUCUGGUGCUGGUCGAUGACGUGGCGAAGCUGUGGGAGAUGGAAUUGAGGGGAAACCGGGUCAUCGGGGCUCCGGAAUACUGCCACGCGAAUUUCACGAAAUAUUUCACGGACGGGUUCUGGGGCGACCCGGUUCUGAGCGGGGUGUUCGGGUCGAGGAAGCCGUGCUAUUUCAACACGGGGGUGAUGGUGAUGGAUUUGGAGAGGUGGAGGGAGGGGCAUUAUCGGAAUAAAAUAGAGAAUUGGAUGGAACUGCAGCGGAGGAAACGGAUAUACGAACUGGGGUCGCUGCCCCCUUUUUUGCUGGUGUUUGGUGGUGACGUGGAGGCCAUCCAUCACCGGUGGAACCAGCACGGUUUGGGGGGCGACAACGUGUCGGGAUCGUGUAGGGAGCUGCAUCCUGGUCCAGUCAGCCUGCUGCACUGGAGCGGGAAGGGGAAGCCGUGGGUGCGCCUGGAUCAGAGGAGGCCGUGUCCGUUGGAUCAUCUCUGGGAGCCCUAUGAUCUCUACACGUGGCGGGGGAAGAAGCAACGAUUGGGCUUUCUGGGAUAUUCCAGUUUUUUGUUUUGAUUGAUUUUUUUUUUUUUUACCAUUGGAGAGGUAGUGAUUCUUUGAUUAUUACUGAUUGGAAUUUGAUCACUUGUUGUACAAACCAUGGUGGAUUGGAAUUAGAUUUUUUUAAAAUUUAUGAGAUGAGAUAUUGAGAUGGGGUUUCCUUGGAUUCAAGGAACCAAUUUUGGGAAA